AUGAACCCGCCGCCCUCAACACCCUCAAGGCGCGUCUCGCUGGCGACGUUCCGUGGCUUGGAGGCUCUAUUCCAUAUCCUCUUGUCACUUUGCAGACGCCCUAAUCCCCCCCUCCCGAGGGGCGUGUAUUUUGAUUAUGAACCCAAGAUCUUUUACUAUCCUGAACGAACGUACGAAGACUGGCUUGAGUUGGAUAACUCGCAGCACCUGUUUCACUGGUGGCAGGAGACGAGUGAGAUUUGCUCGGAGGCCAGCCCAUUCUCGUACACACAGACUUGGUACUGUCACUGCGCCGGCAAGCCCGAAAUCAAGAAGAAGGCUGAGGAUAAAAAGCGUCGCCAGGUUUUCAAGUCUUCCAAGCACAUGGGAUGCCUUGCUCGUGUAUAUAUUCACAAGUUCAAGGACGGAUAUCCUCCAGCCUCUGGUUACCCUCCUACCAAUGCGAGCAAGCGCGUUCGUUUGACAUAUUAUGGCCGCCAUACUGGUCACGUCUUGGGCGAACUUGAGGGAUUCCAGCAUCUGCGUAUUAGCCAACCUGUCCGAGAGGCCAUCCUGAGCUAUCUCAAGCUAGGCUUGGGGAAAGGAGCUAUCAAGGACAAACUUACCCCCCAUUCCGAUGCUCUCCAUAGCCGCUUGUCAGAAGGGACACUCACGCGCGACGACUUUGUGACAGUCGUCGACAUUUCCAACAUGUACGACGCCUAUUGGAGGAGCAUCCGGACUGUCGCUGAAGGAAACUUCGUCUUCCGAUGGCCUACGGAUGGAUCGACGACCAAAUUUGGUCAUGAAUUCUCUUCCCCUUGGCAGUUGGACAAGCUCCGAGCUUCUGGAGGAGCGGUCGGAUUUGAUUCGACACACAAUACCUGCAAGGGCAACGCCGAGCUUUACACUGUCAUUGUCCAAGACCCUCAGACGUUGCGUGGAAUCCCAGUAGCCUUUUUUUUGACCGAGGAUAAGACCGCAGAGCCCUUGCAGGCAUGGCUGGUCGCUCUCGAGGCGCACGCCGGUAUCUGCUUCCUCUACAUCACGACCGACGACUCCAAGGUUGAAUACAAGGCUAUCAAACACGGUUUGGGCGAUCAUGUUCGCACCCACCUUUGCCUUUGGCAUGUUGCUCGAGCGUGGGGCAUGCAGAUCAAGAAAUUGGUCACGGACGACAACCCUCAUCAGCAACACCACCUUCAAUAUGAAGCCCGCGAGCUCCUGCACAAGAUCAUGUAA